AUGUUUUUUCUAUCGUUUACAGAAGAUCAAUCUUCAUGGAAUAUGUUUUCAAAUGAAGUUGUAUCACCUAUACAAGCUGUGUAUAAAAAACGUGAACAAGAAAUUGCUGCAAAAGAUGCUGAAGAAAAUCGAAAAAUUGACGAAUUACGAAAACAAGCUCAGAAUGAUUUAGAACAUUGGUACAAUGAACGAAAUAAACAAAUGGAACAAAAACGACAAACAAUGAAAAUUGAAGAAGAUAAUUUACGUACUCAUGCAUUAGAAAAAACUACUAAAACAUCAUGUGAUUGGUCAAAAGUUAUAAGUUUACUUGAUUUUACCGAUGGAAAACAAUUUUCAAAAUCAAAACGAGAUUUAACACGUAUGAAAUCAUGUAUUUUUAAUGCUAAACGUAUAAGUGAAAGUAAAAAAUUAGAAAACGGUAUUUAA